ACUAGUUCCAUGGUCGAGAAACUCAGACGUCCGAAGAUCCCGCAACCUCCUCGGCGCUUCUUCGGCGUUUGUGCUUUGUUCUCUUCGGUAAUCUUCGGCGACCGACAACGACAGAUCCUCCUGCGACAGGGAGAGGGAUCGCGCACGACGGGUCUGAUAAUUGGACGGGUGUAGCCCGCCGUACGCCGCCCCCAGGAAGCGAUUAAGCGCCCGGGGCCCGGGCACGGGUCUCGCACUGCGGGUGCGAACGUUAGUUCUGCGGGUGACGCCGGCCGCCUUGGAGAGCCUCGGAGUCUCGAAAUCUCCUAAGGCCCCCCAGGCAUAGUACGCGCGACCAAGGCCCAAAAGACAUUCUUUCAGGUUGAAAAAAAAGUUCGUUCGCUAUAGUUUCUAGUGCAGUACAAAAACGUGAUUUAUCGGUACUUUCUUAGUUUGUGUUGUGUUCAAGUUGAAAGUUUAAAUCGACACUAAAAAGUUCCGCGCAAGAAAACCCGACAAAAGAAAAACAGUAUGUAUCAUAUAUGUGACAAAGUUUAUAAGUAAUAAAGUAUAAAAGUUUUCGAUAAAAGAAAAGUUGUCAAAAGUUGUGACAUAAAAAGUAUGUUCGACACAAUAUGGAUCGCGCGCGUUGUGCCAUCAAGAGCGAAUACUUCACAGGCUCUGAUCGACACAGGUUGAAAUAGUUGCAACAACUAUGUCCGACUCUGGCACAGAGAGCACUUCCUCGGAAGGAUACGACGGAGGUAGGAAUCGACUUACUAUCACAGAUGAGGUAACAUCGUCACGCUACUCGCAUCAUUCCUCGGGAUCCGAGCGACGAAAGUCUGCGGCAAGUUCUAUUACAUCCGGGGGAAAGUCACCUCCUGGAUCGCCAUUAUCAGGCACAGAAUCUAAAUCGCCGAGAUCCACUCCGAUGUCGCCGAAAUCGCAGCGAUCCGGGAUAAUGUCCCCUAGUGAAGAAGGUUCUCCAAGAUCAUUGCGUAGUUUAUCGAAAUCUCCACCACCAAUGUCACCGUCACCCUUAUCGCCAACAUAUCUCCACCCCGCAUCGCCGACAUAUCGUCAAUUCGAGUCGCCAAAGUCUCACCACUCGGGAAACAACUCUAUCGAGUCACCUCGAUCGGACCGUAGCUCAUCCCGAUCUCCUAUCCAGGACAACGGAUCGUGUCUUUCUCCUCCAAACGAUUCCAAAUCUAUGCGCUUCGAAGAUGCCGAAUCCAAAGCAUCUGAUUUCGAAGUGGAUACACAAAGGUCCGUUGACAAUUCGUUAAAAUCAUAUUCAUACAAAAAUAGCGAAUCCAGACAAAGUUCACCAAAAUCGCCCAGAUCAGGUCCCAGUUCUGUGAAAUCCUUGAUAUCAGCGAGGAGUUCACCAAAGUCAUUUAAAUCUGGGCCAGCAUCUCCCAUGGAUGAUCAAGAAUCGGAUAAACAUUCGCCGGCACAUUCAGGUCCUCGUUCUCCCGAGGAAGAAGAUGAAGAGAAGAACGGUUCGUUUAACGAAUUGGACGGCGAGCAAAUCUCGGAUGGGGAUAUCGAGGAUGAGCCAGAGCCAAUGUCUAAAUCUAAAUCUACACCUAUUACUCAUGGCGAAGAUUUAUCGGAUGUGUCGGAUCUCGAAAGCAUAGAUGGUCCUGAGGAAUCUACUGAACAGAACACAGAAAUAGAUAAGCUUCAAGAACAGGAUGUAAAAAAAGAAAAUAUUAACAAUGAAGAAAAUACAGAAAAAGAAGAUAAAACUGCACCAGUUGGUUUGACAGAGGAAAGUGAACAACUAGAUUUUGAAGCCGACGGUCAAUGGAAAGACGAACGUGAUGAAGGUGAAACUGAAACAGGUACAAAAGAAAUUAAAGAGAAUACGGAAAAAGAUAGAGACAAAGAUAAAGACAAGGACAAGGCAAAGCUAAAGGAAUCCAAUGAAAUGAAUGAUAAGGAAGAAGGAGAGGAGGGAGAAAAAGAGGAAUCUGAAUUGGAGGAAGGAGAGCUUAGCGAUGGAGAUGAUGCACGACCGGAAGAGACUGAACCGAGACCCGUGUGUCGUUUCUAUAAUCGGGGACAGUGCACAUGGGGUGUUAGUUGUAGAUUUUUGCAUCCAGGAGUAACGGAUAAAGGUAACUACACUAUGUUCGAUAUGGUGAGGCCUAUGGCAUAUCCGCCGCACGCCGCCACGCCACAUGAAUAUAGACCGCACAUCGACAGACCGAAUAUUCGACCAUUACCCGGUGGUUAUGGUGCUCCUGCACAUACGCCUAAAGUGGAAGAAACUCCAACUGAAUCUGCCUGGGAACGUGGUCUGCGUCAUGCUAAGGAAAUGAUGCGUAAAGCGAAUAAACGCAAGGAAUCGGACAUGGAUUUUGAAGAGAAGAAAAUGAAUUUGAGUUUAGGACAAGAUGAGCUGGAUAGAGAAGCAGGAUAUUACGCGAGAGCGGCUAGUCCCGAGCCGCCGGUUGAAAGGUGGCCACAACGCGAAGUACCACGGUCUAGAGUACCAUCUAGACCUACGCCAGACAGAUAUGCCGACGAGCCUGAGGGAUAUUAUCCUCCAACUGUAUCAUCCGAUUAUUAUAGCAGGAGAGUGCAUUAUAAAGAUUCUCGCGAAUAUCGAGAGCGUGUCGAUUAUCAUGCGAUUCCACGCGGUGCUACCUCAGUUUCUCCUCCACCGCACACUCGCGACCGAGAAAGGGAACGAGAUCGUGAGCGCGAUAGAGAGCGAGAUUAUUACGAGAAGUAUGAGAAGAAACAUAAACGGCCAUCACGAGAGGUUAUUGUAGAACGUAUUCCGCCGACGAAACCUUGGCGGGAAGAAGAACCACCCCCUGUCGAAAGAGGCAGAGGCGACGAAUGGGCGGAUCCGUGGAUGCGACGCAAGUCUCCGAGCGCUGUGCGUCGCAAUACGUCAUCGCGCCGAUCUCGCCGACAAUCAUACUCUUCGGGCUCUUCUUAUUCUUCAACAAGUUCUAGCCGUAGCUCGAGUCGUUCUAGCUACAGUUCUUACGACUCCUUAUCCAGGUCCCGUUCACCAUCAAUUCCCGCUAGAACUCGUUCCGCUGGCAAAACCAAAACUGUUAUUACUUCACCACCUUCCAAUCCUCCAGCUGCACCUCAACGAGGUGCCAUGCUGAUGAAUCCCCCUGCUCCAUCUCCUCGCCCACCCAAAGGAUCUAUUUCUCCUACAACGGGUACUCUACAUCGACGGGCUGGAUUGAAUCCACCUGCUCCGAGUCCAGUCUCUUCUCAUCAGCGUCAUCAUGAAAAAGCUAGAGAGCAGAAAGCCGCUAUGGCUGCGGCUGCUGUGGCUAAAAUCAUUAAAAGUCGCUCAAGAUCUAGACAAAGAAAAAGAAAGGAGAGAAAAGCACAUUCUAAAUCGUUUCGCAGUAGUUCUGGAUCGGAGAGCAGCGGAAGCAGCAGCGAUUCGAGCGAAUCGAGUUACUCAUCAUCCUCCAGCGAGGCACGUAGAAGGAAAGGUUCGACACCACCGAUAACACGUAAAGAUUCCAAAGGCAUCGAUGCAUUGAAGUUGAGCGGCACGAAGCAACAAAUUAAACUUACAUUGAAACCUGCGAGCAACACUACAGCAGUAAAAAAGAUUGAUCGCAGUGCACUUAUGGCAGGUAAAAAACGUGCUCUCGAAUCGCCGCCAAUCGACAGCAAGGCGCAAGUAGCCGCGGCAGCGGCCAAGGCCGCCAAGAAGGUGAGCUCGCGUCGCGAGGAGUUAUUGAAGCAACUGAAAGCAGUAGAAGAUGCGAUCGCGCGUAAAAGAUCAAAGGUUUAAAGGUCGAUCGAUGAAUCUUCAGACAAAUACGUAUGUACUACGUUUUCUAGACACAUUGUGUAAUUAGCAUCACCGUCAUCAUCAUCGCAGAAUAACGAGAUAUGCAAAGUGUGUUAGAUUGUGAUAAUAUAUACAAGCAAAAGCAUGUUCUCAUUUUUACAAAAUACAGAAUCGAACUUCACUAUAUUUUAUUUCUUCACUAGAAUUCCUUUUUCGUUCUAUUCUUUUCUUAAAUAAACAUAUAAAUAGCACUGUACAGUUUCCGACUUUUGUUUUAAUAUCUAAGUGAUUAUUUUUGUGUAAAAUUUAAAACAAAAGAUAAGAAAUGCAUACCAUAAAAUAUUUUGAUUUCUAAUGCACAUGUAAUGCACACACAUGCGCUCACGCACACACGCACACGCACAUGCAUAAUUUAUUAUAAAUUUAUUAAAUAUAUCAAUUAAUUUUAAAUUACAUUAUAUAUAUAGUCGUGAAGAGUUUGUACAAUUAUGAUAAAUUAGUUUUGAAAAGGUACAUUGAUAAUAUGAAGCGACUUUAAAGUUUUAAGAAAUCGAUUUUUGCCUCAGUUAUAAAAAUCGAUAAACUUUCUUUUUCUAUUCCGUGAACGGAUGAGCUUUGCAUCUCCUUUGAUGUCAAAAGUUUACUUUAUAAAAUAUCCACUACUCUCAUUUCUGUUCUUAUUCGCAGCCAAUUCUUGUGAACAGUUUCUGUGCGUUGUGCGUAGCGAUUAUAAGGUUACACAGCCGAGCAACGAUCUGAUAAUCGAGCGAUGUAUAAAUUGUCAUGUCUGUAUAAAUAUUUAUUCUACAUUUCACCUUUUGUUCCAACUAUAAAAAUGUAAUAUUAAAAUUGUCAAGUGGAUUAUCAAAAGUUUUCAUGUUGCCAAAUGUGAGAAUUAUUUUACAAUUAUAAACUCAUAUAUGAAAGAUCUGUAAUGAAUGUUACAAGAGGCUAUCAUAUUGAAUAUAGAAAGUGCUAAUAAAUUAACUUUCUAUGAAACAAACAUUUAUUAGUAGAAACAUAUAUUCGGAGAAACAUAGUACCAUAAUUUUUCAUUAAUGGACAUAAGCUUUCACAAUGCAACAAAGAAUAAAUUUGGCGUU